AUGCACCAAUACAUUUCAUCUUUAAAGCAUCAUGGUGUUUUAAAUGAUUUUAUUUGUGUUGUAGUUACUAUAGCACCCAAUGGAACUAUCCAGCUUGCAACUCCGGGCACUGAAGCAGUGCAGGGUCUUCAGGCAUUAACGAUGACAAAUGCUGGCAGCAAUCAGCAAGGAACUACAAUUCUGCAGUAUGCACAGACUGCUGAUGGACAGCAGAUACUGGUACCCAGUAAUCAGGUUGUUGUACAGACUGCUUCAGCAGAUUUGAAUCAUUACCAGUUCAGAGCUCUGCCCUUUAGUCUCACCUCAGCCCCCAAGGAAUAUGUCUCAACUUCCCCCUUGGUACUUGCCUCAAAUACCUCAUCUACUCCAGAUCCGAGGCUGGUGCAAGAGGUAUACAGGUUGAGUAAGAGUCAAGAAGCAGCCAGAGAGUGUCGUAGAAAAAAGAAAGAGUAUGUCAAAUGCCUAGAAAACCGUGUUGCUGUUCUGGAAAAUCAAAACAAAACUUUAAUCGAGGAGCUCAAGACUUUAAAAGACCUUUACUGCCACAAAACAGUGUAAUAGUGGCAGGGAUUGUGUACCACUGACUGAAUCUUGGGCUGGGGAUUUUUUAUACUGAAUUUUAAAACUGGUAAAUGGGACAGCGAUGAAAAGCCAGAAAAGAAGAAAAAAGCAAAAACAUUAGAGAUCCUUCUAAGACCCAUCUAACAAAAUGGGUUAGUGAUCUGUCCAGUAUGGCAUUGGUGAAGAGAAGGGCAGCAUAGGGCCUUCACACACUGAGCAAAGGAUUCUACUGUUACUCUUGGACCUGUGUGAAAAUUAAGACUGGGCUCUCACCCCUUAACAUGAGCAGUCAUUUUGGGAACAAACUUGGAAAGCUACUUUGGCCACCUAUACUGCCUUUGAUCUUGAACAGUGAUGUAAUAUGCAAUAUGUAUUUAUACCUGAACAAUUUUUUCCUUGUGACUUGCAGUAUUUUAAAAGUGUACAAACACAGAUUUUACUACAUGAAUAUAUAAAGUCCUUGCCAUUGGCUGAAUGUUAAUUUUCAGUGGCAUAGACCACAGAGCCUGAGACUUUAGAAAAAGUAUAUGUGAAAGGAAUUCCCCUGUAGUCACUAGAUUUAAAAAGUGACCAUGAAGAGCAAUCGCUUUGUAAGCGGUAGACAGUAAGUGUGCUUAUCCCAGUUUCUCUCAUGCUCUUUUUUUCAUUUAGAAGCGGAUUGCUGUUUGUAUUGUUGCAGUGUUCCUUUUUAAUGCAGCAGCUGGGAACACCGUGUUGCAGUGCAUUUAACAAACUCUCUUGCACAGUAUUUAACUAUACGUUAACACACACGAUUCCUGUGCAGGAUUUGCUACAAUACCUGUUCCCUGAAUAGAAUCUUUGUUUACUUAUUGCAGAUUGCCAUCAGUUGUGACCUUUAACUGUAUACUAUUUUAUGAAUUUCAGUUGUGUUUGCAUAAACUAUUAUAGGAUUCUGAGGCAGAGUGGGCAUCCAUCAUUUACUGGACCAGGAUACGGUAAGGAAAAAAAGACAAAAAGUUUACACUGUGGGGUAACCUGCAAGCUCUCUAUUGUUUUGCUUAUGCAUGAAGCUGCUUGGAGCAGAUCUUCAUGCUUUGUAAUAUACAGGUUUUUGCACAGGUAAAUGAUUUAAUAAAAUACCCAAGUUGUGUACUGAG